GUACAAGUUAGUUGUUGUUGGAGGUAAGCUUUGUUAUCUACACAUGAAUACCUAUUCGUCUAGCUGGUGGAGUUGGCAAAAGUGCUCUUACUAUCCAGCUUAUUCAGAAUCAUUUUGUUGAGGAAUAUGACCCGACGAUAGGUAUAGCCAAUACAAGACCAGGCAUUUAAACCUUUUGUAGAGGACUCUUAUAGAAAACAGAUGGUCAUUGAUGGAGAAAUAUGCUUGUUAGAUAUCUUAGAUACUGCUGGGCAAGAGGAAUACAGUGCAAUGCGCGAUCAGUAUAUGCGUACUGGGGAGGGAUUUUUAUGCGUGUUUGCUGUGAACAACUCCAAGAGCUACGAUGAUAUAAAUCAGUAUCGAGAGCAGAUCAAAAGAGUCAAAGAUGCCGACGAAGUUCCUAUGGUUCUUGUUGGAAACAAAGUUGAUCUCACGAAUCGCAGUGUUUGUACAGAGGAGGCAAAAUCUUUAGCCCACUCUUAUAAUAUCCCGUAUGUUGAGACCUCCGCCAAGACCAGACAAGGUGUGGAAGAUGCGUUCCAUAAACUUGUCCGGGAGAUCAGGAAAUCUAAAGAGAAGAAAGGGAAAGAUCGUAAAAAGCGCAAACGAAAAUGUUGUAUACAAUAAAUUAACCACUAUGUUAUUUUGGGCACCAGUGGGCUUUAUUUAAAAACUGGAAUUUAAUUUCAAAGCGUUUGAAUGAUGAUUAUAAUAGCUAUAUUCGUGGACUGGCCUUCGUCAGUAUCCGGUCUUCACAAACUUUUUAUCUGAUUUAGCAUAAUUCCACAUCUGCUCUAGCAGUUUUACUAAAAAGUUACUUUAAAUAAUUGUUUUGUUCGUACGUACAUACACAAACAUACAAAUGUUUUAAAACUUAACUUGUUUGGACUUUUGUAUGAAUUCUGUUUUCCUUUCGAUAUAUAUAUAUAUAUAUAUAUAUAUAUAACAAUGCGAUUUUAGAUAUCAUUCUAGGUAUGCUUUCUGCAACUUUUCUACUUUUUUUUCAAAUGAAUCGCGUUCUGUACAUGUAUUCAUCGCGCGACUAAUCAUUUUUGUCAGCCUCCUAUUUGUUUUGAUCCAAUUUGCUGUACACAAUAAGUAGUAAGAAUAACAAUGGCAUUUUUGCACACAUACAAACUUUGUGACUUUAUUGUUUCCGUUUACUGGUAUUAUUUUUAUUGACACCGAUAUUGUUAUGAUUGCUUAAUCUCUGAGUGUACAUAUAUCGAUUCUUCCUUUACUUUAUUUGUCCUCUUGUUUUAUGCAAUAUAUGAUUAUGGAAAAUUGGAUAUGUUAAUUAUUUUGAGCUGUGUAUUAAAAAAUAUAAAACUGUUAGUUGACAUGUUGAGGUAGAUUCAGUCUAUCUUAUCAAGGUCAGUAUCUUUAUAUUCGUACAAAUUAUAUGAAUAUCGAGCCUGACAAAACAUCAGUUGUAUCUUUCUGUUUAUCUGUUAAUCAGCAUUUCCAUAUUGUUUGUUUCUCAACCUGUCAUCCUUAAAUCCAAAAUCAUAUAUUUUUCCUGAAUUGAAAGUUGCACAACUAAAUAUCAAUUUGUCGGUUCGGUAUAAUAAGUGCUUUUUAUUGAUUUCAUGCACAUGCUGAUGUAUAUUGUUAAAUAUAACAAUUACAAUUAACUUUAAUGAACCUCUGAA